GGCAUUAGGCAAACCUCAUUUAUUUAGUCUUUGAUUGAGAUUCAUUUAGACCUCCGAUACACGGUGAUCGUUGGGCCCCCAGCUGGUUGCUAUCUCGCAGUCCACGCAUCUGUUUAUAAAAGAAGAAUCUGCUAUAGCUGCGCGGUGGUCCUGGGGGAGGUGUUUGGGGUGGUGUCCGUGGGGGUCCGUCGGGGUGGGAAUUGUUUCGGGUCGUGACGAAUCGGGUCGUUGCCAGAUUGUCGUACUCAGCCUCCUAUGUUUGCCGAUUUCCGACCCAAAAACUGCCUCCUCGACCCCAAUAACCGCCUUCAUAUACAGUAAUCGUUAAAAUGGUUAAUUACUGAUGUUUUUCGGCAAUAGCUAUGGCUCAGAAACCGGUAAAUACGGGACUCUGAGUACGAUAAUUAAUCUGGCAACGGUGGGUUAGGUCAGGCGCCGAGCAGCCCACCCAGCCGCGGGACUCAUCUCUAACGAAUUAGCCUUUUAGCCUGGGGUGAAUGAGAACCCAUUACCCCGGGACACACUGGGCUAGAGUGACAUCCGGGUUACCACAGUUUAUCUUCCCAGGUUCCUCAGGUGCCCAUUUGUUUACCAGCCCGAAAGGGAGGUCUCGAUAUAUUUUACUUUAUCUUCAGUGCUAAGAACGAUGCACUUUCUGCUGUUGAUCCAGGUGUUCGUUCUCGCGGGGCGUCUUCUAGUGGGGGUUGAGGGCCAGGGCCAGGGCCAGGCCGCUGGGGAGACAAAGAAGGUCUGCUAUGAAGUCCCCGGCGAUGGUGAUAGCGAUAGACCGUCGAACGAGACCUCUCCAAAACCUGGCUCUCCGCAAACACCCUUCCCUACCAGCAUACCCUCCCCUCCUGGAACACCCUCCCCUCCUGGAACCCCCUCCCCUCCUGGCACACCCUUCCCUCCUGGAACCCCCUCCCCUCCUAGCACACCCUUCCCUCCUGGAACACCCUCCCCUCCUGGCACACCCUUCCCUCCUGGAACCCCCUCACCUCCUAGCACACCCUUCCCUCCUGGAACCCCCUCCCCUCCUAGCACACCCUUCCCUCCUGGAACCCCCUCCCCUCCUGGCACACCCUUCCCUCCCAAGACGCCCUCCUCCAAAGGUCAGCCUGUCAAAAGCAAAGCAGGUGACAAGGAUGUUCGUGAGGCGUUGCAGGAAGUAAUGGAGAAACGGUGGCCGAGCGGUGAGGUUCCCUUCGUGUUUCACCCGGGUUUCCGUAAGAAGCAAAUCCCACAAGUGACGAAAGCGAUUGAGAGAAUGUCAAAUCUCACCUGCAUUCGUUUUAAAGACAUGACUGGUCGUGUUGACAUAAACGAUCACAAGGAACAUAAGGUGGUGAUUCAGAGCCUGUCUGCGGGAUGCUUUGCUACUCUGGGUUACAACAAAUACUUGAAGACCACCUUAAUCAACUUGGAGAUUGGAUGUUUUUCGCCCUCAGGCACCACCAUCCUUCACGAGCUGUCUCACACACUUGGUAUAAUACAUUCGCAGAGUAGAUACGAUCGUGACGAAUACCUCGUUGUUCACUACGAUAAAAUACAACAAGGAAAAGCAAGCCAAUUUGAUAAACGAGAGGGAAUGUUCGGAAAGCUGUCGUUGAUGGGGAUACCCUACGACUUUAACAGUGUGAUGCAUUACUCAACCAAUGCAUUUGCCAGAGAUCCAAAAGAUAAUACAAUGACUAUCAAGAAGGAAUUCCCAGGCGAGGCGGGCUUUGCCAAGCGUUUGACCCGCUCCGACGUGGCCACCAUAAACCGCCUGUACGAGUGCACCAACCACUAUCUGGGCGACGACAUUGCCGGAGCGAUGCCCUACCAGCAGUGGCGACAGACAUACGUGCAGUGAGGCGCCUGUUUGAGCCUUUCGCUGCUGGUCACCUUACUAUUAUUCUCUUUUCUGACAGUGAGGAAAAUAACAGAA